ACGUCUCACAAUCAACUUCCCUCUUCCAACCUCUCGCUACGCCAACCUCCUCUUUUCGAACAUCACAUCGACACGACACGACAGCACCGUAAUCGCGAACUUGUUCUCCUGCAUCUUCGACUUUUCGCGCCAUUCCGACCGAUACCCCUUUGUUAUUUUCUAGCGACUCAAACAUCUCCAGACCACAGCCAAAAUGCCUGAGCAGGAAGCCCCCUACGACCCCUACAUCCCCAGCGGCCAGGCUGGAGCCCAGCAACAGGGUGCUGGCGGCAAUGCCAGAACGCAGGCGCUACAAGCUCAAAUUGAUGAUACCGUGGGUGUGAUGCGUGACAACAUCAACAAGGUUUCUCAACGUGGUGAGCGCCUCGAUGCUCUUCAGGAUAAGACCGACAACUUGGCCGUCUCGGCACAAGGUUUCCGUCGAGGAGCCAACAGAGUCCGCAAGCAGAUGUGGUGGAAGGAUAUGAAGAUGCGAAUGUGUCUGAUUAUCGGUAUCAUCAUUCUACUGGUCAUCAUCAUCGUCCCCUCUGUUGUGGCUACCCGUUAAUAGCCCAAUCAUCUGUUUGGGUACUACUUGGUCCUUACGAUACACACGCUGGGACAUGACGACAUCGAAUAUCGCAAGCUAUGACCA